UGCAUGUGCGGAAUGAGUCAAAGAAAUACAAGUGAUGUUUCUGAAUUCUACCUUCGUGGUUUUCCAUUCCAGCCUGAGGUCCAAAGACUCUUCUUCCCACUCUUCCUUUCCAUCUAUCUGCUCACCCUGCUGGGGAAUGUAACAAUCAUCUUGUUGAUCCACUCUGAUAUGCAGCUCCGCCAGACUCCGAUGUACUUCCUUCUGAGUCACCUUGCCCUGGCUGAUCUUGGUUUUACCUCCACCACCAUUCCCAAGACACUAGAUAAUUUGCUGUCUCAGAAGAGGACUAUCUCCUACUGAGGUUGUCUAGCCCAGAUGUAUUUCUAUAUGUCUUUUGGCAACUCAGACAGCUUCCUACUGGCUUCCAUGGCCUAUGACCGCUAUGUGGCUAUCUGCUGGCCACUGCGCUAUUCUACCAUGAUGAAUCACAAACGUUGCCUCCAGUUGGCCACAGUGUCGUGGGUGAUUCCCACAAUUCACUCAUUGCUUUAUACUUCUUUGGUGUCCCACCUUGACUUCUGUGACUCUGGAGAGAUCCCUCAUUUUUUCUGUGACCUUUACCCCGUUCUGGAUGUCUCUUGCUCUGAUACAAGCACCAUAGAAAUGCUACUAGUGACAGAGGGGGUAGUGGAGAUCCUGGGGCCUUCUGCGCUCAUUAUCACUUCAUACGCCUUCAUCUUCUUCACCAUCAUGAAAAUCCCGUCAGCUGUUGGGAAGCUCAAGGCUUUUCCCACAUGUGGGUCCCACAUUUGUGUGGUGGUCUUGUUCUAUGGCACUGUAAGCUGGGUGUAUUUCAAACCAAAUUCAAAGAACUCAGACCGCAAAGACACAGUGGCAGCUGUGAUGUAUACAAUGGUGACCCCCAUGUUGAAUCCAUUCAUAUACAGCCUUAGGAACAGUGAGAUGAAGGCAUCCAUGAAGAGGGUAAUUAAGAGGCAUUUUCAUUAA